AUGGCUGGCGACUCAAUUGAGCUGCGCCGCUCGCACGACGUUGCGGAGGAGGUAGAGGGAGAAGUCCCUAAUAUGGACCCUCCACCGGCAGAAGAAUAUCCUGCAGGACUCCGAUUUGGUUUAAUAACCAUUGGACUCAUCCUGAGCAUUUUCUUAGCCGCGCUAGACACUUCAAUCAUAUCUACCGCCAUACCGAAGAUCACAGAUCAUUUCGGAGCCGUGCAGGAUGUUGGCUGGUAUGGUAGUGCCUAUGCCAUCACAAAUGCUUCUUUCCAGUCAUGCUGGGGUAAAGCGGUGGGUUUUCUUACACAGCUCCUCAGUUCUAGUCUUGCACGGCAUUUACUAAGCCAUGACUCCCUGCAGUAUAAACACUUUCACUUGAAGCGAGUCUUUCUGGUCACGAUCGCUAUUUUUGAGCUAGGAAAUACGAUCAGCGCCACCGCCCAUAGUAGUGCCAUGUUGAUCCUAGGUCGGGUCGUCGCGGGGAUGGGCGGAGGAGGCGUCAUGACUGGCUCAUUCAUCAUUAUUGCUCUUAGUACGAAGCCGCAAUAUCGAGCCGCCUACAUGGGAGUAUGUGGCGUCACGUUUGGCUGCGCCAGUGUGGUUGGCCCUCUGCUUGGCGGGGUGUUGACCGAUUCCUGGCUGACCUGGAGAUGGUGCUUCUGGAUUAAUCUACCGAUCGGAGCUUGUGCAGCGGUGAUCAUGACCCUGGCAUUCAAACUGCCUGACACCGCUAAGCCUCGACAUAUCCCGUGGAAGGAGACCGUCGUCUCAUUGGAUCUGCCAGGAGCUUUUAUGGUAUCAGCCGCAAUAACAUGUUUCGUUCUGGCGUUGCAGCGUGCUGGAGUGUUGACAAGCUGGCGCGACUGGCGGGUCAUAACUUGCCUUGCAGCGUCUGCUUUGCUUACAGUCCUGUUCAUCGCGAAUGAAUGGCGACUGGGCAACAAAGCGAUGGUCCAAGCACACCUGCUUCGUAGACGCGGAGUCGUUUUCAACCUGAUAUACAUCUUUUUCCUCGCAGGUUUGUUCUUCCCUCUGAGUUAUGCGCUACCCAUUCAAUUCCAAUCUGUGGGAAAUGCAACUGCUUCUCAAAGCGGCAUCCGCCUCAUCCCACUUAUCUUGGGAGUAUCCGUGGCCACGAUAAUCGCAAAUGGAAUCCUAACAUUUUGGCGGCACUUCUCUCCAUUCCUCGUGGUCGGGGGGAUCAGUGCAACAGUCGGAGUGGCACUUGUCCACUCUUUGGAUACUAAUGCAGACGUUAAAAUGUGGAUUGGGUACGAGAUCAUCAUUGCAACUGGAGUCGGACUCUCGCUCCAAGUACCCAUGAUUGCAAAUCAAACGCUCGUCGGUGCGGAAGAUCUCGCUGCGGUCACGUCAUUGACGCUUUUCAUCGAAAAUGUCGGCCAGGCCCUUUUCAUUGCAUCCACGGAAGCUGCUUUCACUAAUGGCCUUGUCUCCAGCUUAUCCCGUCUUCUGCCGACGGUGAACCCGGCGACAGUCUUGGAAACCGGUGCGACGGAAAUUCGAACCGCAUUCAAUGAUGAUCAGAUCCACGACAUCUUGGACUCUUACCUCUCUGGCUGUAAAACCAGUCAUUUUGUUCCUCUGGCGUCAGGGGGUGCAGCAGUCCUGGCUGCGUUGAUUGUCGCUGUUCCGUCCGGUCUCAAGGAAUAUCAAAACCGAGCUCGCAAGGUCUCGUGA